AUGGACAAUAACCUUUAUUCAAAAAUUAAAUUUCAAUACAUUUUAAUAAAUUGGACUAUUCUAUUCAAUGUUUUAAUAAUGGUGUAAAGUAAGUAAGUAUUUUUGUUUAUUCACGAUUACAUUUUAUGUUCUAUAAGCUUUUUUAAUUAUUCAAUAAUUUCUAAUCUAUCCCAGAUCAAGAUCUAACUCAAUUUUGUGUGUUAAAUUGUGAUAUUUAAUUUUUUAUAACGACUUAAUUUUCAUCAAGCUCUGUUGAGUGAAUACUUAAGCAACCUACCUUAACUAUUCAACCUUCUUCUCUUAACUUUCAAAUAUUUUAAAUUCAAUAAACAAACAAGGUUGAGGAACCUCAUUAAUUAUUAUAUUAUUAAGAAGAAGAUGUAUUCAAUGAAAGUCUUGAUUAAUGAACUUAUUUCUACUCAAUUAAAGCUUGACCGAAACGACUAUUAGUUCAAUGCAAUUUAUUUAUAGACUAUAAGUGGUUAAAAUAAAUGA